GCAGCACGUCUGUGCAAUGCGAUUCAGCGAGAUGUUUUCUCUUGUUGUAGGAUGGGCUGCGGGUUUAAGAAAUUCAAGGGACUAACCUUGACCUUUUUUUAAACUGCAAGAAGAGGACUAGAAUUUUCUGCUGUGAUCGUCUUACUAAGUUUAAGGCUUCUGCUUCCUCCUUGCCAUCCAUUGACAGCAUUUUGGAGAACCUGUAUUUGGAGUCGCAAUCCAGAAAUCCCCCUACCUUCGCACCCUCUGCUUCACACGGGUGCUGUGAUGUCUGCAGUAGCUUUCAUGGGCCUGGUUCGGCCCAUGGGGUCUCGAAUGAGGCUGCAGGCAUACCGUACUGUUAUGGCCCUGCAGGAAACACGGCGCCCCUUCCAUGGACCGACUCCUGUACUGACCAGCAACUCGCGGUUUGACCCGGACGGGAGCGGCCGGCCGACCACCUGGGAUGCCUUCGGCAUCUGGGACGACCGCAUUGAUGAGCCCAUCCUGCUUCCUCCCAGCAUCCGGUAUGGGAAGCCUAUUCCCAAGGUGAGCCUGUCCAAUGUGGGCGCCGCCUCCCUGAUAGGCCUGCGCAAGGAGAAUGAGGACCGCUGGCAGGCCUCUCAGCUGACCGACAGCAUCCUAUACUUCGCCGUCUUCGAUGGCCACGGCGGGGCGGAGGCGGCAGAUUUCUGCCACAAGUACAUGGAGAUACACAUCAGAGAUCUGGUUACUAAAGAGGAAAACCUCGAGAUCGUUCUGUCCAGAGCUUUCGUAGAAGUCGACAAGGCCUUCGCCAGACAUUUGCACUUUGAUGAUUGCCCGUCGCUCCAGAGCUCGGGAUCCACGGCCACAGUGGCCCUAUUGAGGGAUGGCAUCGAGCUGGUGGUGGCCAGCGUUGGAGACAGCCGGGCCCUGCUGUGCCGCAAAGGCAAGGCCCUCAAGCUGACGGUGGAUCACACCCCCGAGCGAAGGGACGAGAAGGAGAGGGUAAAAAAGAGCGGGGGCUUCAUAACGUGGAACAGUCUGGGACAGCCGCACGUGAACGGCAGGCUGGCCAUGACGCGGAGCAUCGGGGACUUCGACCUGAAGAAGAUGGGCGUGAUCGCCGAGCCAGAGACCAAGCGGCUGACCCUGCACCACGCUCACGAUUCAUUCCUGGCGCUGACCACGGACGGGGUGAACUUCAUCAUGAACAGCCAGGAGAUCUGCGACGUCAUCAGCCAGUGCCACGACCCCAAGGAGGCUGCCCAGAUCAUCACGGAGCAGGCCCUUCAGUACGGCGCCGAGGACAACGGCACCAUCAUAGUGGUUCCUUUCGGGGCCUGGGGGAAGCACAAAAACUCCGGCGUUCAGUUCUCCUUCAGUCGCAGUUUCGUGUCCAGCGGCCGGUGGGCGUGAGGUGCGGAUUGGUGGCCCUCUGUCCCCCCCUACAGGACUUUAGGGGAAGCACUUCCAGGGAGCGUUCAGUGAAGACCAGAAAAAUGGCUGUGGAACAGUACAAGAGAUCACUUUUGCCGUAUGUAACAGGAAUAUGGACCUACCUAUAUAAGAUGCGCAGUAACACAAACACAGUAAAAAAUCUGUAAUGCCUAUAAGGAAUGCUUUAACUGUCAGUCCCAUUUACAAUCUUCAUCCUUGGAGUUAUGUCACAUGUUAGCUAUAUUUAGUUACUGAGGUGCACAGGCAAGUAGGGAAUCCGUGUACCAGGCAUCUGUCACUUGAAAUUAUGUGUGUUGGUGUUUGUAUGUUAUGUUGAUGUAUCUCAUUGUGUCCUGCCAUGGGUUGGCCCCUCAUCCUGGGUUGUUCCCUGCCUUGCGCCUGUAACCUUUGGGAUAGGCUCCGCACCCCCCCCCCCGACCCUAAAUAGGUUACAGAAAAUGGAUGGAUGGUACCUCAUACAACAGGAAGCUGCUUUUCUGAUUCUGCCGAAUCAGACCCUUCUAGGUUUGUGGUCUAGGUCUCCUCGUGGGCCGUCGUUGGGCUGCACGUGACCCGCAGCCUCCGACACGCGUCUGGCUCGUUCUGAAAGGACACGCACCCACCGUGAGCCCAUAGAUCCCCCCCCCCCCCGGACACGCCUUGUGUGGCUAAAUCAUAAGCCCGUAAGCGUCUGUUCUUUUAAUUAAAUGUUUCACUGCAUUCCGAUGCUGCUUUUCUACAGAGAGAAGGAAGUUUGAACAGGGAUGUGAAGACGAGACGUGUACAAACUUGAUUUUUUUUUCUGAUUGGGAUUAAUUACAUUAACAUUAGCAGUACAUGAAAUGGAAUCAUUAUACACACACGCGUUUUGGUAUUACAUAUGUAUAUUAUAUAUGGUCUCAUGGAAUAAGCUGCUUGUCAUUACAUCUGUGAUUUUUAUUUCAGUUAAUCUACUGUGAAUCCAACACUGUCAAGAAAAAUCUGCUGAUUUUGUAGCAGUUUUAAACCCAGUAACUGGUGAACUCAGAAGGCACUGUAGUGGUGGUCCGGUCCGGUUCCGUUCCUGUGCAUGACUGCCCGUUCAGAUUAUUAAAUGCCUCUAGUUGUGCGACUGUAAAACGCUCGUCAUCGUAAGCGUGGAAUGUGCAUGAGAAAUCGGCAGCUUUGCGUGAGUGAAGCUCGUGUCUCUUGCCUCAUCUUGCGUAAUCAUUUCACUUUAAGAUGCCAAUCGAUACUCAUCCCAUCAUGUGACACGCAAUCUUGUUUUAGCUUUAAGUCUGAUUGUGGGCUUUAGCAAAGAGGCUAAUCCACCAAUGAAUUCUGACUCCACACAGUGUUUAUGCCUCUCCAGCCAUGUUAGACUGUUACAUUACCACAUCCUUGAGUUAUGGGAAGGUUGCGUCUUGGACCCCGCGUGUCGGAUCAGGUGUGUUAUGUAUUUUGCACUUGACAGAUGACUUUUAAUAAAGUCUUUAAAGGGAC